UCUAUGAGGGUGGCAUGUGACGCGUGCACGCGAGACUCGGAGAGAGGGAUUAAGGAUGUCGCAUACAUUAGUGAGUCCAUAUCCGAGAGUCCAUGUCCGACAGUGGUACUACGAGGCAGUGAUAUGAACAUGAAGAGGGGACUGCUGGUAGUAUGUAGAGAAGAUCCGCGGUUGGGCGAAAGCCUGCGCCCGAAGGGCGCGGCAAUCCGACGCGAGCUUCGAGUGAUCGUCUGAGCCUAGCCAUUCUUAGCGCACCGGGGGCAUCGCAUGUCUCGCGAAGGUCGCAUGUACCGCGGGCUGCGCCUGCAGGUAUGGGGCCAGAAUCUGCGCAUGUUUUCGCAGGUACAGCUGGAAGGCGUCACUCUUCCAUCUGCCCAUUGUCUUGACAACCUCGAAGGGCACACCGCGCAGCAUGUAUUCCAAGGUUCCACCGAUGCGGAGACUGUGUCCUUGGAGCUGGGGCUGUUUCGCUGCUUUCGCCAGUCGUGCCACAUGUCGGGUGAACACGCUUCGUGUCAGAGGCUUCCAGACAUUCUCGUUUCCGCCUCUCGCGUUUGGGCCAGCUUUGUAUGCGAAAAGUGGCCCAUUCAUGGGCGGAUCGUUGGCGGCGAGGUGGUUGAGCAAGGCGCUUACCGGAUCAAUGUCGCCUGCCUGUUUCGCGAAGCAGAUGUCUUCGCCUGCGAGACUGGUUUUGGUUCGCGGGAUUCGGAUGACCCAGACCUCGUUUCCUUCUCGGUCAACGUCUUUCCGUAUCAAGGCCCUCGUGACAUGUUGCUCUGGAUCGAAGGUGGUCUGAUUCUUUACUACAAGCUCGCCGAGCCUCGCAAUGGCGAAGAAACCGACUGUGAGCACAGCCCACACAGCUACGUCGAUUGGGUCUUGCUGGUUUAGAUGAGCAUGUAUGGAUUUCAGAUAGCCCGGAGUGUAUGGCUGUCUCGCGCUGCGCUGCGAGAGGGGAGGGGCGAGCUUCAGCGCGCCUCGCAGCAGCGUGUCGAGUUCAUCCUGGUUUCGGGACCAGGUUACGCCAUGCAGGAUGUGCCAGGCUCUGAUCCCUUGUACAUAGUUCCUGAUAGUGUCAGCGCUGUAGGACCCGGCAAGAGUUGCAACAAAGGCGUGUAGAAGCACGUCACUGAUCGGGGCCCGCUGGUCGUCCGGGAUGUUCUUCUCGUCGCAGAUCACAUGAUAUACGAGAAGGCCCGAGCCAUACACUUCCAAGGUCGAGUCUGCCCAUGCAUGGGCGAAAACGGCCUGUAUGCGGUCCAGGUCCUCUCUCGACACUGCGACAGGAAAGCCUUGGCUGUCCGUGGC